UUUCGGUCUUCUUCGGUGUGUGAAGUGUGGAGCGAAACAUUGUCCAUCGGUCAUACGCGUACAGUCUGUAGAGUGAAACGUAUAUAGAUAUGGCCUGAACUGGUUGAUCCGGAGGAGUACAGAGGCAUUGAAAAAUCGAUUUUUCUUGUUUUGUGCGACGAGCGAGAAUCUGUGCUGGACUAAACUAAUCAGAAUAAGUGUUUACAAAUGGAUCGUUGAAAAACCUCCGCUUCCAAGGUUCCGAAACCGGCCCAUUGGAGCAACAACCGGUUAAAAUAUCAAGCCUGAUUGGAGAUAAGCAAGUCCCGUAAAAUGAGUAGCGAUGAAGAGGUUUUGGUCGGCGAACUAAAAGUGGUGUAUGAUUUUGUGACGCGCGCUAAAUUUCGUAAAGCGUUCGCAGCUCUGCAAAAGUUGUUACAGCAGAAAACUCCGGAACUGGCCGAAGGACCCAAAUCCGGACUAGACGACAAGGACUCACUGGAGGAACUAUUUCUGUUUGUGGUCAGCAAGUACGCCGAUCAGCUGGAGCAGGAGGAACGCUUUCAGCAGGUUUUCGAGAUUAUUGAGCAGGGACUGGAAUUGUUCCCGGAGCAUCCGGAACUAUUGAACGAAACCGGCGUUCGACUUCAACGUUAUGGGCGCUCACUGGAAGCGUCGAUCUGCUUCGAGCGGGUCUUACUGCAGGAUCCCAAGUAUCUGAAGGCAUAUCAAAAUCUGCAGAAUACCAAGUGUGAGCUGGUCGAGCGAUGGCACUUUCGCAUGCUGAACGAUGUGAUCCGUAAUGCUGCCUAUAAGGCAGCGAUUCAAAAUCAGAUUAAGGCUGGACACGCCGAGGUGCUCGACAUCGGAACCGGAACGGGGCUGCUGUCGCUGUACGCCCUCAACUGUGAAGGAAUUCGUAAGGUAGCGGCCUGCGAUGGCUCCGAAAUAAUGGUGCAAAUCGCACGGGAUGUUUUCGGGGCAAAUGGGUUGAGUGAUCGGAUUUGUCUGUUCCAAAGUUACUCGCAGGAUUUGAAAAUCGGUGAUAAAUUUUCACUUAUUGUAACUGAAACUCUAGAUUCGGGUGCAUUUGGAGAGGGCAUUUUGGAGACGCUGAUUCACGCGAAGCGAAAUUUGCUGCUACCGGAAGGACGAAUCAUACCCAGCCAAGUUAUACUCUACGUAACGGGAUACAAAUCCCGUGCGUUAACUGCAAGCAAUAUUCUCAUCAACGAAGCUUUUAGUCAGGAUUUCAAUUUACCAAGUAAUUGUUUGAUUUCUAAGGAAGGUAUCAAAUGUUACGACGCAGAGGAUGUCUCUAGAAUUAAGGCGAAUGAUGACUUUGAAUUUGUGACAAAUACGAUUCGUGCAAUGACUGUCGAUUUUAACGAUUUGGAUUGUUUGGAGCGCUAUCAGGAGGGAUUGGAAGAGAACCUGUUCGAAUUGGUCUGUCAAGAGGAUGGCAUUUUAGAUGGAUUUGUUGUCUGGUUCGAUCUCAUGCUGGACGAAGAGAACAGCAUUAGUACAGAUCCUACUAGCAACACCUGCUGGAAUCAAGCCAUAUUCAAAUUGAAUCAAAGGCUACCGGUGAGCAAAGAUCAGAGUAUUUCAUUAACCAUAUCAUGUAAAGACGGGGCACUCGCAGUAUCUCAUAAUCUUAAUUCGAUGGAUAAUCAAAUUUGCAUUGAUGAGCACGUGUUGGAAUUUUUAAAUGAUUCCGAAUAUUAUAGUAAACUAACUACAGAUAUUGAUGAUAUGGACGAUUUAGAAAAAGUUCUGGAUUUAUCACUGUUUCCUUAUGCCGGACUAAAGCUUCUUAAAGAAGGAAAAACGUCUAUGUUGUUUUGCUCGGAUAGAGCAGAAGAUCUUAUCGAAUUUGUCGCUAAUCAAAAUGACAUUCCAAUGUCGGCAAUUAUGUUGCUAGGUUCUUUGCCGGAAGUUUUCCUUCUGAACGAUUACACGCUGGAUCUAAUCAUUUUACAACCAGUGGACGUUUUUGGCCAAAUUAAUAGCGAGCAUUUCUGUCAGUAUCAAUCCCUUUUUCCAAAACUUAAACCCACCGGAUCAAUAGUUCCAUCGCUAGUAGAACUGCAUGGCAGCAUAAUCCACUCCGACUGGAUUGUCAAAUGCUGCAGAGUUGAAAACCCAGAAUUGGAUAAGUUCCACAUCGACCGUUAUCUUUCCACAUUGGAGACGGAAAACCACCUGGAUCUGGGUCCUUUUACGUAUGAGAACCUGUCUGAACCGAGUAAGCUGGCUGACGUUCAUUUCGACGGCAAAAUACAUGAAGUUAAGAUGGAACUAUCCCUCAAUGAACCAGUGGAUCCCAAACAUAUCCACGCCAUAUUGUAUUAUUAUCAGAUCGAAUUUGUACCACAAAAGGAAUAUCUAAGCACACAACGCGUACAGAGCUUUGCCAAACGAUCUGCCUUCAUCAUUCCGAAGAAUGCAUUCCAAAGUGUCACCAACGCAGGUACGGCGAGGGAAGACGAAAGCAACGACGAUGUGCCCCAACCGAAAUCUCCAACUGAGAUAUCCAAUGUCAAUAUUAAUAUAGUGCAAAAUCAUGGAGUUAUUAAGUGCAAUCUGCUUGACUGUCCGUAGAGGAAAACGAUUUACCAUACCGUACACAUUGUAGUUAUAUAUUUACAGUACCAUACAUUACUCCUGCACAACUAUCAGCAAAAGUGAAAUAAGCAAAUGAUUGAAAACACAAUAUUGAAUACACUUACACUUUCCGAGGACCCUAC